ACCGGGAAGAAGAAGACAACCGGAUGUAAACGAGCAAUGAUGCGAACUGCUUCAGCCCAGCAGGUGAUUGUUGCUUUGGAAGUUUGUCUCUAGAGCGGACCCGCUGUUCUAGGCUCCACCAUGCAGCAGAAAUCAGAUCUGACGACGGCGGAGGAGACGUUUUACUCUCAAGCUGAGCUAAUCAUGCAGAUAGCGGUGGAGUCCGCCGUCUCGGUUCUACAGAGGUCGGAUAUACCGUUAACGCAAGCAGCUGGCGGCGGCAACAGCCAGACUCAGCUGACCGCCGUACUGGCUGUGAUGUCCAAAGAGGCUGUUCGUAAAAUCUGCAGUGUGUUCAGAGAGCUCUACAUGAGCGUGGCGAUGGAAAACAAAGCUCUGAAGGAGAAGGUCCGUCUUCUCGAGUGUGGAAAACCUCAGAACCCAAAAACCCAUGCAGCUUUGUGCAGCAGUGCUCCAUUUCCUGUCACCCUCACCAUACCGCCGCUCCAACAGCCAAUCACAAGCCAGAGCCGCCCGUCCAUUCAGGCGCUGCAGGGGAGAGAUGCUCCAGAUACAGUUAGCAUACAAGCUGAUGCAGUUUUAGAAAUCACUCAGUUCUGCAAAGAUGUGGAAAUAAAUCUGCCGUCACUUCCUGUGUCCAAUGAUCAACCAACCAGAGGGCCCCCAUCUGAAGGAAACCAGCCUGCUGCAAACUUAGAAGAGGAACACCUUCAGGGUUCAGAAGCAAAAGUGGAACCCAAAAGUCCGACCGUCCCCGAGAGUGAAGCAGCUUUGAGCGAGGAGGCGCAGAAGGAGGAGAAGAGGAGGAGGAAGAGGGAGCUGUACAAAGAGAAGAGGUUCUUCUGUGAGCUGUGCAGCCAAGGUUUCCAUCAGAGGUACCAGCUGCUGAAGCACAUGCCCCGCCACGGGAAGCCCUUCCCCUGCAGCUACUGUGAAAAAGGCUUCUAUGAGAAGCAGAGCCUUGACAGACACCAGCUUAGCCACCAGCUGAAGGAAGCGCAGGAGCGGGACCCGGACAAGCUGCUGAGCUGCGACCAGUGCAACCAGAAGUUUAAACUGCCGAGUCAGCUUCGGGUCCACAAAACCUUCCACAAACUGGAGAAGUGUCCUCUGAAGUGCCACGCCUGCGACCGCACCUUCACCUCCGCCGCUGCCCUCAGGUGUCACGAAGCGUCCCACGCCAAAGUGAAACCUUUCACUUGUGAUGUCUGCAAGAAGGGUUUCACCAGGAAGAAGAACCUCCGAGAGCACCAGACCAUCCACACGGGGGCUCGGCCGUACUCGUGCCAGAUCUGCAGCAAGAGGUUUUCAACUGCCGGAAACCUGCGCACCCACCGAAGGUCGCAUUCGGAGGAGCGGCCGUACAAAUGCGGCGAAUGCGACAAGGCCUUCAAGUGCAAGAUGGGGCUGCUGCAGCAUCGAGUGGUCCACACUGGAGAGAAACCCUACACCUGUCACUUAUGUGGUUUAAGCUUUGGAAUCAAAUACAACCUUCACAGACACCUGCACCUCCACAGCGGAGCUAAGCCCUUCAGGUGUGAUCAGUGUGGCGAGGGCUUCUCGGGUACCUGGGCUCUGAAGACCCACAUGCUGGUUCACGGUGUGGAGAAACCCUUCAUGUGCGACCUGUGUGGCAAAAUGUUUUUCUACAACUGCCAGCUGCAGAAACACCAGCAGCUGGUGCACGGUGCCGCAGACCGCCGGCAGUCUGGUGCAGAGGUGGGCCGGCGCAAAGCCACCGGAAUCAAACCCUUCAGCUGUAAAAUCUGUAUGAAGAGUUUCAGCAGCAGCAGCACACUCAGGUCGCACGAGAAGAGCCACACCCAGAACAAAGAGUUCACCUGCAGCACCUGUGGGAAGGCCUUUCACCUGCAGCGCCUGUUCCUGUACCACCAGCGCCAGCACACUGGUGACAGGCCGCACGUCUGCGCCGUCUGCGACAAAGGAUUCCUGCUGGCGUCGCAGCUCAAGCAGCACGAGCUGCUGCACACCGGGGUCAAACCUCACCGCUGCAGCCAGUGCAACAAAGAGUUCAGGACGCCACAAAACUACCACCGCCACCUGUUGGUCCACUCAGGAGAGAAGCCGUACCAGUGCACCGUGUGCAGCCGGAGGUUCCGGCAGUCCAACCAGCUCAAGUCCCACAUGCAGAUUCACACCGGCAUUAAGCUGUACUCCUGCCAGCGCUGCCAGCAGGGAUUCUCCGACUCUCGGCAGCUGAAGAAGCAUCGCUGCGGAGAAGACUCCCAAGACUCGAUCCAGUCUACCGUCGAGCAGAACAAACAGAGGGAUGUCUUAACCUGGACACCUGACUUCAGCAGCUAGAGACCGAAAAGCAAACCAGCUGGUUGUUGGUUUUCAACUAGAGCAGAUUAUCGUCCCAGCCAGCAUGGCUGAUUAUGUGUUUUUGGAGGAUUUGGCCGAGCGUGCACUCCAUGACUGCCCGGAUCUGAUUCCUGAAGGAGGUCCUUCUGGAGCUCUGCUGUUAUUUGGGACCCUUUAUGGACCCUUCUCUGCUCCCCAAUCAUACACGUGUUGCCAAGGUAACCAGACUGAAUGACAGCUCAGCACUCUCAUACAACAUGUCCAAAUAAAACUAACUCUAAACAGAAUAACUCCUUAAAUGUAAAUGACAACCUGUCUACAAUUGAUAAUAUUCAGUUGUAUGUGAAACCGCUUUGAUUCCUUCCUAACAUGGACCUGUUUUCUGUCCCUACCGCCUUCACACCCUCUGCAACGUGUGGUUCUCUUGCACUUUGGCAGCCAAAUCUAGCCGUCAGUAAAGAUGUUGUUUUGUUUUGUUUUCCAGGAGGAACGCAGGGAUUCCCCUCGUGAGCUGAGGAUUGACUUUAGCGCCGUGAGUUUUCCUACCAUCUAAAGGUUGAUGGUUCAGUUGGCAUCCCAUUCUGGAGAAACUGAGACUGUUUGUAUUAAGAUUUUUUUUAUUACAAAUUUAAAAAUAGAGAAGAUUGUGCCACUUUUGUUAAGCUAAUAAUGACGCUCCGUUUGCUGUACACCUGGUAACUAAUUUAUAGAAUAAAAAGAUUUCAGCAAGA